AUGCCGGAGUCUGCGGCCGACUCAUCCAGCGAUGAAGUGAGUUAUUUCCGUUCAAAUAUUUCAGUUUUGCAUAAAUGGGUCGCGGAUUCUCUGCGUUGACUGAAAAUGCUAAUGAAAUGCGUUCUUUCGGGAGUGAGUCUGAAAAACUAAAGUUGCGUACAUAACCGCGAGAGCAGGAGCAUGUCUAAACCUUUAGACGUUUCUUUUAGCUUUCGAGCUUUACCACUGCCCCUUCUCUCCCCGAAACAUUAUGAUUCCAGUUCCAGCACGACUGGCAGGAUGAGAAGGAAGAUGUGCUGAUGAUGGUAAUGGUCGUUUUGCUCAUGCUGCUCUCUGUCGUCAUCUGGGUCGCAUUCUGUGUGGCCGUCCGCAAAACGGCACGCAAAUUCAUUGAACUGAAAAGGCAGAGAAGAAGACAGGUUCGUACAAGAGAGUUCGGAAUUUUGGAUUAUGGUUCUUGUUCGUCAAUUCGUAUGUAUGUAGUGUUAGCUGAUCCGUUACGCUCUACUUGUAAGCGGAAAAGUACGGGGGGAGGAGACUUUAUAUAAUCGGGAUUUUAGUUACUUGUUCUUUUGUGGAAGAAGGGGCUUUCUUAUAUUCAGAAAAAGAGAACUGCUGAAUAAACAGAACAAAUGCUCCGUGAAACUGUACAAAUGUUUUCAGGCGCUAAUAACAGCAGCAAUCAACCGUGCAGCUUCGACAAAUGAAGCGGACCGUCAUAAUGUGCUUCCGAUUUACAUCACGACUUUAGCCCAUGAGCUGAAUGUAUGUCCCCAUUCUCUCUCGACUAAACAUGUUACAAAAUCGCAUUUGUUCAGGUCUUUGGAGCGAGGGAAGAAGAGUUGCCAACCUAUGAACAAGCACUUUCAAUGAGUUGCACUCCGAGUCCCAAUCCGGUUCCACCUUCCACAAUCCGUGAUCGGUACGUUUUCGAUUUCAUGAAAUUCCACUAUGAAUAACUAUUAAAAACCUAACAUUAGCUUCAUCAUAUACCUUCACAUCCUCAAAAUGAUCACCAUCACCACGAAAUACCUCGAAACUAAUCCAUCUCAAUUCCAGCGUACCGCCGUACAAGCCACGGUCUGGAAAAACUGGCCGAGUGCUCAGGUAGGGGAAAACGAAAAAAAUGCUCUCUCUAAUCCUCUUUGCUCUGCUAACAUCUGUGUGUGAGCGUGUGUAUUUGUGUAUACUGUAAACCAGGAAGAACGCGAAUUUCGUAUGACAGCCAAGUUUUGUCACUAUUUUGUUCUGAAAAAGCUAAAGUCGGAAAUGUCCAGAUUGCUGCCCCUUAGGGACAUUCCAGCAAUCUGAACACUUCCGACUCUUGUGCUCGUACCAAGUGUUCUCUCUUUGAUAAAUCAGCUCUUUUUCGUCUUCGUUCUUCUAAUUUUGUGAUUGUCUGAACAGUCUGAUUGUCAAAGUUCGGUGAAACAACAAAGUCUAUUCCAGAAUUGCUCCGGACCGUCCUGGCUCCAUCCCAACAAUAAUUUUGCCGCCGAGCUACGAGAGUUCGGUCCGUCACGAGGCGAUGCUCUCCCCGGUGCCCAGAACUCAUGCAUCUCCGGUCCUUUCAACUUCGAACGCCGCUGCGCCAAGCACUUCCACUUCUCCGCCUAUCUACACCAUCUCUGGAAACAUGCAUGUCACUGAAUGCUGA